CCACCAAAUUAUUCAAAUCAGUCAAUCUACAGGGAGUUCAUAAAAACUAGCUAACUCACUCCCCACCCCCACAAUUUCCCAUACAUCAGUUGCCCCACAGAACCCAGUUUGCUGUUACUCCGUCCUUGGAUACAGCCCCCUGUGUGGCCCUGCUUAACAACAUUCUCUCCUUAAGAGCUCUAAGUAAGUAACAGAGAACUCUACCUUUCAUUUGGCCAAGUGUCAUUGUGCUGGGUCUCACCAUCUUUAAAUCAUGAGACAGCUGAAAUGGCACGAUCAGAGUCUCUUGGAAACUAUAUUGAAGAUGACAAAAUUACCUUCUGCCUGGACCUGAGUAGUUUUCUCUAACUCUCGCAUUUCUACCUCACUGACAGCGCCCUAAACUAUUCUAUGAAGAGAAAGGAACUUCUAUUAUGUUGGAGCUAUUCCUUGUUUUGGCUUAUUGGUUGUGGCAGUGUAGCCUAUUAUGAUUAUUACAGGAAAACAAUCAAUCCAUUGCUAGGGAUAUCGUGUGGAAUAAGGAAUUAUCCAGAGAGACAGGGGAAGCCACUAUCUCAAUAAUCUUUAUGAGGAGAGGAGCUCAGAGUUGUUCUAUUUAAAAAUGUCAAACUAGUGUAGCAGUUAACCUUUACUGGACAUCUUUCCACUCCUGUCCAAGAAAAAGCUUCAGUCAAAAGAAUGCCCUAUGUAGACAAAUCUCCAUUAUCUCUAGUUUCAAAACAUACCAUCAGCACAUAGUAUUCUCAAAGUUAACUUCAUGUCCUUAAGCCCCAGUUUCAUUCUACCUUCUCCCCCUCUAUGUUUAUCUUUUAUCCUCCUAUCUUUUCUUUUGCAUUGCAAAUUAAAUUUUAAUUACAUAAGCAUUACAUAAUAGUCUUCUAACAAAAAUUAUAUGCAAAUAAUGAAAAUAAAAUUAUUCUUUGAUCACUCCCCCAACAAUUCCAUUUGCUCUCACCACUGUCUUCUGUGCAUCAUUUCAGACAUUUUUCUCUUUUUAUUUACAUUAGUUGAUAGAAAAUCUAUGGUAUUGUUUUUCUAUAAACUAUUUUUUACUGUCUAUUUUGUCCCACAAUUUGCUUCUUUCACCUAAAAUGCUUCAUAGAGCUCUCCAUGGUCCUAUAUAGAGAUCUAGUUUAUACCUAAUGGCUAUAUAUUGUUCCUCAGUGUGACGGUACCACAGUUCAUUUAUACAUUCUUUUUUUCAAGGUGUUUCCAAUUUUCCAUCAUUAAUAUCUGCAUUGAACAUCCUUGGAGAUGCUUGCCUUAGUACUGACUAGGUCCUGGGUGCUCUUCAGGUAUUUUCUAGUUGUGAUCCUAUUCAAGUCUGUCAGCAGUUUUAUAAGACUCUUGCAAGCCGGAUGCCCUCUGUGGAUGAAAGAUGUAUCAUGGAAUGAACCCGAGCAAUGGAGAUGGAUUUUUAGAGCAGCAGCAGCAGCCUCAGUCCCCCCAGAGACUCUUGGCCGUGAUCCUGUGGUUUCAGCUGGCGCUGUGCUUCGGCCCCGCACAGCUCACGGGCGGGUUCGAUGACCUUCAGGUGUGUGCGGACCCCGGCGUCCCCGAGAAUGGCUUCAGGACGCCCAGCGGAGGGGUUUUCUUUGAAAGCUCUGUCACCCGUUUUCACUGCCAAGACGGAUUCAAACUGAAGGGCUCUACAAAGAGACUGUGUAUGAAGCAUGUAAACGGAACCCUAGGCUGGAUCCCGAGUGACAAACCCGUCUGUGUGCAGGAAGAUUGCCGCAUCCCGCAAAUUGAAGAUGCUGAGAUUCAUAACAAGACAUACAGACACGGAGAUAAGCUAAUCAUCACUUGUCAUGAAGGAUUCAAGAUCCGGUACCCCGACCUAUACAAUGUGGUUUCAUUAUGUCGUGAUGACGGAACGUGGGACAAUCUGCCCAUCUGUCAAGGCUGUCUGAGACCACUUGCCUCUUCUAAUGGCUAUGUGAACAUCUCCGAGUUCCAGACCACCUUCCCAGUGGGAACGGUCAUCUCCUAUCACUGCUUCCCUGGAUUCAAACUCGAGGGCUCAGAGUAUCUUGAAUGCUUGCACAACCUUAUCUGGUCGUCCAGCCCACCCCGGUGCCUUGCUCUGGAAGCCCAAGUCUGUCCGCUACCUCCCAUGGUGAGUCACGGCGAUUUCAUCUGCCACCCGCGACCUUGUGAGCGCUACAACCACGGAACCGUGGUGGAGUUUUACUGCGACCCCGGCUACAGCCUCACCAGUGACUACAAGUACAUCACCUGCCAGUAUGGGGAGUGGUUUCCAUCCUAUCAGGUCUACUGCGUCAAGUCAGAGCAAACAUGGCCCAGCACCCACGAGACCCUCCUGACCACGUGGAAGAUCGUGGCGUUCACGGCAACCAGUGUGCUGCUGGCGCUGCUGCUCGUCAUCCUGGCCAGGAUGUUCCAGACCAAGUUCAAGGCCCACUUUCCCCCCAGGGGACCUCCCAGGAGUUCCAGCAGCGACCCUGACUUCGUGGUGGUGGAUGGCGUGCCCGUCAUGCUCCCGUCCUAUGACGAGGCUGUGAGCGGCGGCUUCAGUGCCUUAGGCCCCGGGUACCUGGCCUCUGUGGGCCAGGGCUGCCCCUUACCCGUGGACGACCAGAGCCCCCCAGCAUACCCUGGCUCAGGGGACACAGACACCGGCCCGGGGGAGUCAGAAACCUGCGACAGCGUCUCAGGCUCUUCGGAGCUGCUCCAGAGUCUAUAUUCACCUCCCAUGUGCCAAGGGAGCACCCGCCCUGCUUCCGACAACCCUGACACAGCUCCCAGCACGGCGGGGGAGGUGGCAUCCACCAGCCCGGGCAUCGACAUUGCAGAUGAGAUCCCUCUAAUGGAAGAAGAUCCAUAACUGGAGAAAGUCCCGAUGAUUCUGCUACCCCCUUGGGGAUGGGAACCGUGUACCUUGGAGUGAGGCCUCUGGAGGACAGAGCUUGGGGGCGAUGGAGCAAGUUUUCUAAUCUAUCAACAACAUGGGGACAGUGACUCUUAUUGUGCAUCUCGGACUCAAGGGCGAGGCUGAUAAGCGGCAGCGGCAGUGCUUUAAAAUAAGACUUGAGGAUUUGCCAAGACCAGUGAGGAACAGCAGGAUGAGGGGCAGCCCUGAGCAGUCCUGGAUGAAGGUAUUAAGGGUAACUCAUGCCGCAGAACAUGGGACAGACGGUUCCACGCAUAUAUCCACCAAAUUCCACCUCCCGCUGACUUACGAGUAUUACCCGCCUCCUCUGAAAGCAUGUCACAUUACGUAAAUCGCUUCUAAAAUCCACUUCCAACUGUCUCCGGACUCCAGAUUCGGAUGGCCCAGCCUCUGUAGGAAGUCUGUGUUGAGCUGCUGGAAGAGCAGCAGCGCGCCCCCUGCAGGCUCCCGAAGGAAGGUUCUCAAGUGUCCCUGGGACAGUCUUCCUCGCACUGGACAACCCUACUCAAGGCGAGAUUAAAGCGGGACGUGGCAGUUCCACUGAGAAUGGAAAGGAAAGACUCAGGCAGACUCUGCUUUCUGGAAAUUUCUCCAAAAGGUAGAGUUCCUGUCCUCCGUGCUGUCCUUUGGUGAAAUGUCGUCAGUAUUUGUAUUCAUGGUCUAGCACAUGGAUCCACGGCAUUGGCUAAACCUUGUGACUUUACACAUGGUCAGAGUGUGUUCAAAUACAUCUCAUGGUGGAGAAGUAACCAAGGUAAUGUUUUGUUUCAGCAUUUUUAAAAGCUUCCACUUGACAGUUUAUCUCAGUUGUGAGCCCCUCUCCUUUUAACUAUUAAGAGUUGUUGUCCCUGCUCCCAAACUCAGUCAGAUUUAAUUUUCCAAAACAGAAAUUCUAUCUGGAAACACAUUCCUCCUCUUCCAGAUAAAGUAUGAGGUUGAAUUAUUUUACCCCUUUUAUUUUGUCCUGCAAAGUCCACAGGCUCCAAAGAUGGAUGGCUCUGCCCUCCUGCUUCGGGGUCCCCUGCUGCCUUACCCAUCAGUCCAUCCAGCACGUCCACCGUACCCUCCCGGGGCCCACUGGGUGUCCUUCCUAAAAAAUGAUUGAUAAACACAUUUCCCAAGUCCCGAAAUGUCUCUUCAAAUACAUGUUAAUCUGUGGAUCUGAUUCUUUUUCUCCUCUGGGUUUCAGACAAAUACAAACAAAACUCCUUUCUUUUUUUUUGUUCAUAAAAUUGCUAUGCUGAUAGAGCGGUGAGAGCUGGAAGCUUGAUCAAAUCCUGUUUUUUCUUGACACAGACUGAUUAAAAAUUAAAAAGAAAA